AGAAACAAGAAUAUUACACAAUAAAGAAUCUCAGACUAAAAAUGAAAGAAGUAAUCAAUUAGAUAAAGGACAUAAAUUAAAUAAAAUAGAAAUCAUAGAUGAAAAUUUGACUGAAGUAACAGAUGAAGAUGAGAUGGAGUAG